AUGAAUAUUAGUAGCGAUAUUAUAGAAAUAAAUAAAUCUAAUGACACUAUUUUUAAAGUGUCCAAAGAAAUUCCAGAUGAAAAUUUGUGCAAAAACAUGAAUGAAAAAAAUGAAAAAGACAUAGUAUGUACUAUGAAUAAAAAUUUGAUUUGUGAUAAAAUUCCUAAGGAAGAUAUGAUAUGUAAUAAUAAAGAAAAUGCAGCAGGGAAAAAAAAUAAUGUAAACAUAACUUAUAAGACAAAUGAAAAUACAGGAGAAGAAAUGAACGAAGGCAUGCCAUAUACUAUGAAUAAAAAGACAGAUCUAGAAAAAAAAAGAGUAAUCGAACCUACUGAUAAUUCGGAUUUUUCUGAAUACUUAUACUUAAGUGAGCACUUAAAAAUUAGAAAAGAUAAUAAGAUCUUUGUUACCCGUGCUUUGAAUGAUUAUAUUAAUGAGCACAUUAAUGUAAUAUGCCUAUAUGACGAAUUAAAUUUUAAUAAUAAAAAUAAUAAGGUAGAUAAAUUAAUGGAUAUAGGAUUAAAGCUAAAAUAUUUAAGAUAUAAAGAUAAUAUAAAAAAAAGAAAAAAAAAAGAAAAAUGUAAAAAGGCUUCAUCACAUAAUAAAUUGAAUAAUUCAUUAAGUAACGAAUUAAAGUGUAAUAAACUACUUACUCACGAAAAAUUAACUGAGUUCCCAAUAAAGGACACUACAUCCUUAUCUUCUAGUUCCACCCUUUCUUCUUCAUGCUCCGAUUGUUCAAUUUCAUCUAAAUGCUCUAAAAAUUCAAAAGGAUCUUCUCAAAGUAGUUACUUAUUUUCUGAUUCAUCCAAUUGUGACGAGGAUAUUUCUGAAAACUCUGGUACAUCAGAUGAAGAAAUUUUAAAAAAUACAAAAUUUGAUGAAGAAGAAUUAUCUGAGCUUAAAAAAUUAGAAAAGGCAAAAAACAUUUAUUUUAGGUAUGUAGAUCAAAUAUUUAUACGAUAUAAUAUGAUGGCUAAUUUUAAUUUAGAUUUUUUUGAAAAUUUAUUAAAUAUGGCCCUUACAUCAAAAGGUGAUAAAAGGAUUAGAUGUGAUCUUGAAAAUACAAUGACAUUAAUAAAAAAUUUUCUUUCAGAUAAAAAUAAUUUUAAAAAAAUAGAAUUAAAUCAAAAAAAAUUAAGGUCAGACGUUAUUAACUCAAUGUUUGGAUUUUAUAUAAUUAAUGAAAGUCAACCAAUGAAAAUACCAAUAAAAGGUAUGAACAAUUCUAACUAUAAAAAUCAGCCGAUAUCUAACAUAUUUGCUUAUAAAUCACGGAGAAAUAAAAACAGAGUAGAUGCUAUUUUUGAUAAACUUUAUGAUACAAAAAAAGAAAAAAAAAUUGAUAAAAGAGAACCAACGAAGAAAAUUUUAGAUAAAAAUAAAGUGGCAUUAAAUUUCAAUCAAGAUGCAAAGAAAAUAGAUAUAGUUGUUAAAAAUAAUUUGGAAGAAUACAUAAAAAGUAUUCAAAAAAACUCUAAAAUACAUAAUAAAAUGACAAGUUUAAAACAAUAUAUAUUAACAUCUAAUUGGAAUAAUUUAAAAAAGCAUAAUAAUUAUAUAACUUUGUUACAUGAAGAAAAAAGGAGAAAUAAGAAAAGUAUUGCUAAAUUGUGUUAUAAUCAAAUGAAAGCAAUAGAACAAAAAAGAAAAGUUAUAUUAGAAAAAGAAGAAAAAGAAAGAAUGAGACUAUUAAAAGAAAAUGAUAUGGAUGCAUACAUUAAAUUAAUAAAAACAGCAAAAAACAAAAGAUUACAAGAAUUAUUAGAUAUAACGGAAGAGUUUCUCAAUAAUAUGUCUAAAAAUGUUUUGCAUCAAAAAAAAGACACAUUUAAUGAAAAAAAUAAUGUUGAUAGUGAGGAUAAAAUAGACUAUGAAGAAAAUAUGAAAGGUUUACAAAAAUCGAAUUAUAAAAAUGCUAGAGAAAAAUAUUAUAAUGUUUCUCAUACUGUUAAGGAAAAAGUAAAGCAACCAUCUAUUUUAACUGGAGGUACUUUAAUGAAGUAUCAGUUAGAAGGAUUAGAAUGGUUAAUCUCUUUAUAUAAUAAUAAUUUGCAUGGCAUAUUGGCUGAUGAAAUGGGUUUAGGAAAAACAAUUCAAACCAUAAGCCUAUUUGCAUAUUUAAAGGAGUUUAAAAACAAUAUCAAUGUUAAGAAUUUAAUUAUUGUUCCAUUAUCUACUCUUCCAAAUUGGCUUAGUGAAUUUAGCAGAUGGUGUCCAUCUUUAAAUGUAAUUACUUAUAGAGGUAGUAAAUUAGAAAGAAAAAGCAUAGCAAGACAACUAGUGGAGAGUGACUUUGAUAUAUGUUUAACUACAUUUGAUUUUAUUAUAAAAGAAAAAACAUUUCUGAUGAAAAUAUCAUGGAAUUACAUAGUAGUUGAUGAAGGACAUCGUAUGAAAAAUAAUAAAUCACGAUUUCAUUCAAUUCUAUCUGAAUUUAAAAGUAAGUAUCGUGUACUAUUAACAGGAACCCCAUUACAAAAUAAUUUAUCCGAACUUUGGUCCCUUCUUAAUUUUCUUCUUCCUAAAAUAUUUUCCUCUUGUGUUGAUUUUGAGAAAUGGUUUGUUAGACCAUUGCAUAAUGAAAAGGAUGUGUAUGAAACAAUAACAGAAGAAGAACAAUUAUUAAUUAUUAAUAGAUUACACAGUGUUCUGUUACCAUUUAUGUUAAGAAGAGUUAAGAAAGAUGUGUUAAAAUCAUUACCUAAGAAAUAUGAAUACAAUGUGCAUAUAGAAUUAUCUCUGUAUCAAAAGAUUUUAUAUAAACAAAUACAAACAAAAGGAUUUAAACAGGUUAAUAAUAAUGGUUCUAUUACUACUAAAAAUUUUCAAAAUAUUGUUAUGCAAUUAAGAAAAAUUGUUAACCAUCCAUAUCUAUUUUUAUAUGAUUAUGAAAUUGAUGAUAUGAUGAUAAAAUGUAGCGGAAAAUUUGAAGUAUUAGAUAGAAUGCUACCUAAACUUUUAAAAUUUAAACAUAAAGUUUUAAUAUUUUCUCAAAUGACUAAAUUAAUGAACAUUUUAUGUGACUAUUUAGAAUUUAGAGGAUAUAAAUAUCAUAGGUUAGACGGAAAUAUAGGAUUGCAAGAGAGAAAAAAAAUUAUUGAUGAAUUUAACAAGAUAGAUAAUAUACAAGACAAUUCAAAUGAUGAAAAUAAAAAUAAGGAUGAUGAUAAAAAUGAGUAUGAAAACAAACAUGAAAGUAUAAAUGAACAUGAAAAUGAAAAUCAAAGUGAAGAUAGUAAAAAAAUAAAGCAUAAUGAAAAUGUUAAUGAUGAUGAAUCUAACGGUGGAAAUAAGGACACAAUGAUAUUUAUAUUAUCUACGAGAUCAGGAAGUUUAGGUUUAAAUUUGCAGACUGCUGAUACUGUCAUAAUUUUUGAUAGUGAUUUCAAUCCUCAUCAAGAUAUACAAGCAAUGUGUAGGUGUCAUAGAAUAGGGCAAAAAAACGUUGUCAAAGUUUUUCGAUUUAUAACACUAUCUGGGGUAGAGCAGUUAGUUUUCAAAAAAGCACAACACAAGCUAAGUAUUAAUGAUAAAGUUAUACAAGCAGGUUUAUUUAAUAAAAUAUAUAAUGAUGAAGACAGACAAAACAAAUUAAAAAAUAUUAUUCAAAGAAAUCAAAACAGUAAUAUUACAAUACAACCUACUAACCCUUUACUAUUAAAUUAUUAUAUGGGAAGAAGUGAAGAAGAAUUAGAAUAUUUUCAUAAUUUUGAUAAAAACUAUUUUGGAGAAUAUUAUUAUUCUCUUUUAAAUUUGGUGAAUCAUGAGAAUGAAAGUAAUAAUCAAUUUACUUAUAUGAGUGAAGAUGAAAAAGAAGAAAAUAAUCCAUACUUGAGGGAUAUUAAAAAGAAAGAAGAAAAAGAGGAUGAUUAUCAAAAUGAGGAUGAAGAAACAGAUGAAAAUGAAAAUAAAGAACAAAAUUUAGAAGAAAAUGAAUAUAUCGAUAAAAAAAAAGAGGAAAAUAUGAAAUAUACCGGAUCAGAAAAGGAAGAAAAAAGAGAUAAUGAAAGUGAAUGCGAUUUAAAAAAGGAUGAAAUAAAAAGAGAAAAAAAUGGAAAUAUGCAAGAAGAAACGAAAAAAGAGAAAAUGAUAUACAAAAAUAAAAAUAAUUUAAAAAAAAGAAAAUAUGAUAACGAUUUAAAAUAUGAAGAAGGAUCUAAGGAUGAAGAAGAAAUAGAAAUAGAAAAUUCUCAAAGUGAUGUAUCAAAUUCUUUAGAUAAAAAAUUAGAAACAGAUAUGCAUAAUUUAUAUAAAAAAAAUAAUAUAGAAAAUAAUCCAUCAUUAGAUGAAGAAAUGAAUGAAAAAAUUAAUUUAGUUGAUAACAAUGAAGUAAACGAAAAUGGAGAAGAGGAUUAUUAUAGUUUUAUACUAAAAGAAAAAAAUCAAAAUGAAAUUGAAAGGAUAUUAAUUAAAUCAAACAAAUUAAUUAAUAAAGAAGAAUUACCAUCAUAUCUAUUUUAUGAAGACUCCAAUGAAAUGCACGAAAUAAGUCUUAAAAGAAAAAGAAAAGUUAUAAAUACAAACUUAAUGGAGGAAGAAAAAUUAACAGAGAAACAAUUCUUAAAAUUAAUAGAUGCUUCUUCUUCAAAAUGUUCAAGCAAUGAAAAAUCCUUUUUAAAAAUGAAGAGUAAAGAAAAAAUAGAAAAUGAAAGCGAAACAGAGACUUCAUGUAAAAAAGAAAAUUCAAAUAAAAUGGAAAAUAAAAAGGAAGAAAUGGAUAAAAUAGAAGCACCCAAUAAAAUGAGGAGUUUAAUUAGAAAAGAAAAUUUAGAUAAAAAUGAAAGUACUAGUAAAGUGGGUAAUCCCUAUAAUAUGAGAAGUUUAAGUAAAAAGGAUAUUCCAAAUAAUAUGAGAACCCUAAGUAGAAAAGAAAGCCCAUUUGAUACAUAUUCUCCUAUAAACUCAACAAAUAAAUAUUUCUCGAAGAAGGGAAAAAGAAAACAUAGUAUAAAUGAAACAAAAGAAGAAAAAAAUAAAAAAAUAAAAGCAUCCUUAAAUGGAUAA